AUGGAAACCUUAAAGUUGAAUCUUUUUGGAAGAGCUCACGAAGACUUUUUUAUUUUUAAUGAAAAAUAUUUGUAUUAUGUUGGCUUGUGGCCAGACACAAAUGUCUCUAGAAAUCGUAAAAUAAUUUAUUAUAUUUACGAAAUGUUUAUCCAUGUAUUAUCAAUGCUGUAUCUCUUAAUCACGGGUAUUGGUACAUAUGAAUUUAAAAACGAUUUUGUCGUUCUCAUGUCUAAUCUGGACAAAACACUUGUAGCGUACAAUUUCGUAUUGAAAACAGCAUUUUUCGUUUUAAAGAGAAAUGAUUUAAAAAUAUUAAUAAACGAAAUAAAAAACUCUGGUGAUAGAGUCAGUGAAGGACGAAAAAGACUUAUGAUAUCACAUAUUAUUGUAAUAACCGCUCUUUCAACAUCUAUUGUAUCAGCAUUUUGUUUAUUGAGUACCGUCAGAGGAGAGAUGACAGUCGAGGCAUGGAUGCCAUUUAACCCUUUAAAGAACAAAAAGAAUCUAUUAAUUUCGAUGCAAUUAUUAGCAGUAACAUUUAUUCCUUGUAUGUACAGAGCUUUUGCUAUUCAAGGCAUUGUUUGCACGAUAAUUAUGUACUUUUGUGAUCAGUUAGAUGACUUACAAGAUCGAAUGAGAAAUCUAGUGUAUUCUGUUGAAAACGAAAUAACAAUGAAAAAGGAAUUUAAGGACAUAAUCAAAAAGCACGUUCGAUUAAUAGGAUAUUCCAAACAAUUUACCAGUAUUUUUAAGGAGUUCUUCUUGGUACAGAAUUUGGCAGUUACAAUAGAGCUCUGUCUUAGUGCCUUAAUGGUAUCAGUGAGUCAGGGUAUUGCUGACGCUGCAUUCGACUCAUCUUGGACUUCGUGGCCAGCUAAGUUGCAGAAAGAUCUUCUCAUUGUUAUACGAGCUGCACAGAAGCCGUUGAAGCUAAGCGCUGGUGGUAUCAGCGUUAUGUGUAUACAAACAUACAGUCAGGCUCUGUACAACGCUUACUCCAUAUUCGCUGUUCUAAAUGAUAUUGUUGAUUGAACAAUUAUUACAUCUUUAGUACCCAAACGGCAUUAGAAAUUCAAUAAAUUCUUUUUUCAUAUAUGACAUAAUGCUUUGCUUUGAUCUAUGAACGUCACAAAUACAAAUGAUGACACCAUAUCUUAAAUCAACUUCAGGUAUGCAAAUUAUUUGUGAAAUAAUGCUGUAACAUAAAAGUAGGGAAAGUAACAACUAGUUUUCGACGAU